AUGUUAUCAAGUAUACCCUCUGACCUCACUCCUGGUAGCCUCUUAUUUGCCGCUAUUUGCAUGAUACCUCAGGGGAUCCUAGCUAUAGAAUUUUCCUUCGAAAAAUACCCCCAACUUCUGAGUCGAGUUAGACGUGAAAGUGGCAAUCAAACAAAUUCUGGUAAUGGAUUGUCCUCUGGUGCUAUUGCUGCUGCAAUUGUUGUACCGAUUGUCAGCGUUAUUCUUAUACUUGCUCUUAUAUUGCUGUUUUGCUGGUUUCGUAAAAGGCGCUCUUCUCACGGCGUAUACAAUCCCGGCCCUAAAGAGGACCUUUCCAUAAUUUCGACUCAAAAACUCUUUCAGGAUGUACUGAAAAUGCCACCCGAGGAACGACUUAUCUAG